UAGAAGUUUUCGCACCAAAGCCACAUAAUUACACAAUACUAACGUCCGGUCAGGCUCUUAGAAAUUUUUUUUAUUUGUUUAAAUUAUUACUUGUAGAAGCUAUAACCACUUUUUAGUAUGGACUGUUGUUCAUCACAGCCUGGGUGCUCCUGUGACUCCCAAAUGGGUAUCAGCUUCGAACGCGAGCCGCGCAGUAUUUUUAAAGAUAUGUUGGGUCCAUUUCCGGACGAGGUCCUCAUGACGGUUCUAGAUCGUAUACUCUAUCUUUGCGGUGCCACCAAGAUCAUACGCACCAUGGCCAUGGGGAACCAAAUAGCACCUUUAGUAGCUGGAAAGGACAGUCCCAAGGAGAACCCCAAGGCCAGUUGCCUACCACCGCCGUCAUGUCGAUCGAGCAGCUGCACUUCAGUCUACAGCAUGUUGCCGCAACCCUCUUCUACAAGGACUUGCUGUAGUAGCCGUCGGGAAGAUUCUUGUCGCACUUGCCCUUCACCAUGCAUCAGAUCCCUUAACAAAAUUCACGCCGCUACCUGUUCUCCACGCCAACGCGCUGCCAGGGUGGACUUUGCUAAUCCUGUGGAUGAUGUGCCCAAUAAACGACAAUUCGCUGGAAGCUCCGAUAUAAAAAAUCGGUUGAAACGGUCCCUUUCUAUCUGCUCCAUGGCCUGUCAGAAUUUAAAAAACAAGCUGAAUUCUCAGAAUUCGCCGCCACACAAGAAACAGACGUGGCUAUGGACCCGACUGACUCGCUCCAAGGACGGCUGCAAGGUAUACGAGGUAUUUAAAAACUCCAAUGUGGAUAAAGCACCGUCCAGAAACCGCGCAAAUGACCCAGUAAUUAUAUUUCUGGUGAUGCCAAAUGGUUACAUUAUGCCCUUCGAAUCUGUUGCCAAUUAAUGAAUUGCAAAAUUAUUGCGUUGUACACUUUCAUAGUUGCCUGGAUCCUGGUCAAUGUAUUGUGCUUAGUUUCGUACAAACAGAAGCAUUUUAAUAUUAUGGACCUUACCUCCUGGUGUCUAAAUUCGCAUCUUAUGU